GGGAGAGUAAACCUUCGACUCAUCCCAACCCACGCUUCAACCUCCAAUUCCUCCAAAGCAUUCGCCAUGGCCUCGAGACAAGCACCCGCGGAGAACAUGCUAUGGGGCGGCCGCUUUACCCAGGGCCUGGACCCGUUGAUGGUCAAAUACAACACUUCCCUCCCGUACGAUAAGAUAUUCUGGUCGCAAGACAUCCGGGGCAGCAUUGCCUUUGCGCGCGCCAAUCUCGCUGCUGGCAUUCUCACCUCCGACGAGUUCGCGGCCAUUGAGAAGGGUUUCGGGCAAAUCGCAGAAGAAUGGCGGUCGGGGAAGUUCGAGGAGAAGGAGAAUGACGAGGAUAUCCACACUGCGAACGAGAGAAGGUUGAGCGAGCUGCUGGGGAAGGAUGUUGGCGGUAAGCUUCACACAGGCAGGAGCAGGAAUGAGCAGAUCGCUACGGAUAUGAGGCUAUGGUUGAGGGACGAAUUGAGGACUCUGGAAGGCUACUUGAUGGACCUUAUCAAGGUCGCGGUCAGCAGGUCAGAGAAGGAGAUUGACGUCCUGAUGCCCGGCUACACCCACCUCCAAAAAGCCCAACCAGUCCGCUGGUCACACUGGCUCCUCUCCCACGCCACCGCCUUCACCUCCGACCUCGAGCGCUUGCGGGAAGUCAUAUCCCGCGUCAACCGCUCGCCCCUCGGCUGCGGCGCGCUCGCCGGCAACCCCUUCAAGAUCGACCGCGACGCCAUGGCCAAAGAGCUCGGCUUCGAGGGCCUCCUCUACAACUCCAUGAACGCCGUCGCCGACCGCGAGUUCGUCCUCGAAACCAUGCAGUGGGGCUCCAGCUUCAUGCUCAAGAUCUCCCGCUGGGCGGAGGACCUGAUCAUCUACUCGUCGCUCGAGUUCGGCUUCGUGCGCCUCGCCGACACGUACUCGACCGGCUCGUCGCUGAUGCCGCAGAAGAAGAACGCCGACUCGCUCGAGCUGCUUCGCGGGAAGUCGGGGCGCGCGUUUGGACAGAUGGCGGGCUUGUACUGCACGAUCAAGGGCCUGCCGACGACCUACAACAAGGACUUGCAGGAGUCGGUCGAGCCGAUGCUCGACCACAUCAAGACGGUCGGCGAUAGCAUGCAGAUCGCGACAGGCGUGCUGUCAACGCUGAGCAUCCACCCUGAUAAGAUGCUUGCUGCGCUCGCGCCUGAGAUGCUGGCGACCGAGUUUGCGGACUACCUUGUUCGCAAGGGCGUGCCGUUCCGAGAGGGCCACCACAUCUCCGGCCGUGUGGUGCAGCUGGCGGAGGAGAACAGCGUGCCCAUGGACAAGCUGACGGUUGAGCAGCUGCAGGGUGUAGAUGCGAGGUUCGAUGAGGAUGUCGUGACGUGCUUAGAUUACGAGCGCGCGGUUGAGCUGAAGGAUGCGACGGGUGGGACAAGCAAGAGCGCUGUUAGGGAGCAGAUCGUGGUGCUCAAGGGGAUAUUGGCCGCGAAGUAAGUUCAUUAUCAUAUGGUAAUUAUGAGGAUAGGGUGGAGUAUGGUCGUGUUAUGAUUUCGGUAAAAGUGUUUAGAUACGCUACGUAAUUUAUGGGUGAACGUACUUUAUACACAUUCUGUUUUGUCAAGAG